AUGUUCGCUACCUCGACGCUUCUCCUUCCCAUGUUCAAGCUGGGGAUGUGCGCGGAGGCGAUGCCGCUAUUUCGCUGGGUCGAAAUGGGCGUCGAGAUUCUGGAAGCUAUGGAUGAGUCGGUGGUUGCCCGGAGGUCGGUGGACAUCAUCAAGCAGUACUUGGAAGACUUCAGAGUAUCUCGAGCACAGCAACCACCGCCGGUCCUCGGCGAAGGAAUUGAACUGCCCGUCCCCGUGGAUGGGCACGGGAAUGGGCAACCCGGAUUAGAAAUGCCCCGAAUGGGCCUAUGGGUUUGGCUUCCUUGA